AUGUUUUGCUAUGAGCAUCAGAUUACCCUCUCGCAUUCCUCUGAUUACUUUCCACAGGGUAAUGGAUUGGCAGAGUCCAGCAACAAGAACCUGAUAGUCAUCAUGAAAAAGUUGGUUGACGAAAGUGCUCAAAUUUGGCAUAAGAAGGUAUAUGAGGCUUUAUGGGCAGAUAAAACCAUGCCCAAGAGGGCCAUUGGAAUGGAACCUUUUGAGCUUGUGUAUGGGGUUGGCACAAAACUUUCUUUACCUUUGGAAUUAUCAGUAGCCAAGCUGCAGACAGUAGUGGAGGAUUCUUUCUUUCAGAGUGCUUUGGAGAAAAGAAUUAUGUACCUGAUGAAGUUGGAAGAAGAGAGGGAGUUGCUUGUGGAUAGAAUCUUAGAGCAUCAGAGCCAAGCUUUCAACGCAGGUGUAGGUGUUUCAAUAGAACCGAUCCAAAACAACGCCAUGGACAGUUGUUUUGGCACCUGCAUAAGUGCUUCAGUGCAACUGACUACAUUUCAGCGAGUUGCCUAG